AUGGCAAAGAGUAGUCUUGAUGAGUAUAGAGCAGUGAUGAUAUCCAAAGGUAGGGGAGCAAAAGAGAAACAAAAACGCUGGAAACCUCCUUCACAAGGCUUUGUUAAGGUGAAUACUGAUGGUGCAUUUGUACCCAAUAACAGAGUGGGUGGUGCCGGGGUUGUUAUUAGAAACAACAGAGGGCAAAUCGCGGUGGCAAGAACCAUUCCUCUCUUUGGUGUCACUACUCCUAGACAUGUAGAGAUUUUGGCAAUCUCAUGUGGGUUACAAUUGGCGUUGGAGCAAGGGUAUAGUGCUUUGGAACUUGAAUCGGAUGCUCAAGCAAUAAUACAAGCAAUUCAAACAGAUGAGGAGAACCUUGCAAUUGACGGGCACCUGGUGGAAGUGAUCAAACUACUGAUGCGGCGUUUUAGUACAAUCUUUUGUGGCUAUAUCCCAAUGGAAUGUAAUAGAGUUACCCAUGAACUUGCAAUUUAUGCUAUUAGGCAGCGUAACACUUGUACUUGGUCUGAUCAGUUGCCAUUAUGGCUGCUGGAAUGUAACCAGGCUGAUAUAAGGGCCUAG